AUUCUAGCUGAUCAUGUCUCCCAAGAGCCAAGGGCUGUGCAAGAUAUAUUGCAUCAGUAUAGUGAUCAACUGAAUUGCCGGAAGCAGGACCCAGGGAUGAUGUACAUCAUCAACAAUGCCAUAGCUGACCGGCUCGUGCAGAGCCUGGACCCGGGCGAGCACCAUGUGCCGCACCUGGAGCUGGGCCCGGGCCCGGGCGUGCUGACCCGCCGCCUGCUGAGCGCCGGCGUGCGUCACAUCACGUGCUUCGAGCCGGCCGCCGCCUUCCGCAGCAGCGUGCUGGAGCUGCAGGAGGAGACGGGCGGCGCUGUCCGACUGACACCGCUCAACUUGCUCCAACUGCCCAAGAUGUGGGGCGCGGCGACGCACGGCCAAGAGGCGCGGCUGCAGCAGGCACUGGAUGGCCUAAGCUGGCGCCCCUGGCACCAGGGGCCCUGCCUGCGCGUGGUGGGCGUGGCACACCGCAGCACGUUCUUCCGCUACCUGGUGCGCACGGUGGUGGAGCGAGAGCACCUGUUCCAGUUCGGCCGACCCGAACUGGUCGUGUAUGUGCCCAGCUCCGAGGUCGAGAGGCUGACCUCGUCCCCUGACAUGAGCGGCCGGGCGUACCGGCCGUACAGCAUCCUCAGCCAGAUUUUUUUUCGACCUGGAGCUGCUGCGCCGGGUCCCGGCCAAACACUUCUACCCCUGGAUGAUGGCGCGCAAGCGGGUGUCCUUCACCGACAUGGACAUGGUGCUGAUCCGGUACACGCCCAAGGUGGACCCCGGCCUGCCGGACUCGGAGCUGCCCAACCUCGACUUCUUCAUCCGCCACUGCACCGUCUCGAAGAGGAGGCGUAUCGUCCCGCAGCUUGAGGAGUGGGUGCCCGGCUGCGGUCCGCGUCUGAUCGCGCUCGGUCACGGCGUGUUCUCGCCGUUCCGGGACCUCACCCCGGCCGAGCUGCU